AAAUGGCGACCGAACAGAGUGCACGUUCUUUUCGAGAGCGUUUUGAUACAAAAUUUCAAGAGUUAUUCUCAGCGAAAGGAUUAAAUUCUUUUUACUUUAGUAACGAACAGUAUUUGGAAAUAAUUAAUUCGGUAAAAAGUGCAAAAGAAGCUAAAUCGAAAACUACUUUACAAUACCGGCGAUUGAAGCGUUUUGAUUUGUGCUCGGUAAGUGGCGUCGAGAAACUGAUUGCUCCUCUAUCUUCAAGUGAGACAACAAUUAAAUAUUACGUGACUAAUGAUGAAAUGUUCGAUAUUUUGCAUGAAACUCAUUUGGCUGUUGGACAUGGAGGAAAACAUCGAAUGGAAAAAGAAUGUAAAAAAAAAUAUAAAAAUAUUACUCAAGAAGUAAUCAAAUUAUAUUUACGACUAUGCGAACCAUGCCAAAAAAAGUUAAAGUCUGCUAAAAAAGGAAUUGUUGUCAAACCAUUGGUGUCAACAGAAAUGAAUAGUCGCUGUCAAGUAGAUUUAAUUGACAUGCAGUCUAACCCUGACGGCGACUUCAAAUUCAUAAUGGUCUAUCAAGAUCAUUUGACAAAGUUUGUACAGCUGCGCGCGUUAACAUCUAAACGAGCCGUAGAAGUUGCUUAUAAGCUUUUGGACAUAUUUUGUAUUUUUGGCGCACCUUCAAUUCUUCAAUCAGACAAUGGCCGCGAGUUUGCAAAUCACGUAAUAGAAGAGUUGUGCUCGAUGUGGAGCGGUCUGAAGAUAGUACAUGGCAAACCUCGCCAUAGUCAGUCUCAAGGUAGUGUGGAAAGAGCAAAUCAAGACGUACAAAAUAUGCUUAUGACGUGGAUGAACGACGAAAAUUGUAAGCGUUGGUCAGAAGGUUUGAAGUUCGUACAAUUAAUGAAAAAUAGGGCAUUCCACGAUGGAAUAAAACGAGCUCCUUAUACCGCCAUGUUCGGUAGUGAUGUCAAGGUGGGUUUAGCGUCAUCUUCUCUUCCAAAAGAAGUUAUUGUCAAUAUUCACACUGAGGAAGAGCUCGAGAAAAUGUUGACGGAAUUUACUACCGAAGCAGAAUCUAGUCCAGAAUCCCAAGAAGAAGGACCGGAAUCUAGACAAGAAUCUCAAGAAGAUUUACUAAAUGUAGAGCUGGAAUCAGAGAAUUACCACUUACAGAACACGGAGAUGAGAAGCGAUAUCGAAACAGAAGUUUUAAAUACAAAAGAAGGUGAAAGGAACGUUUUAUUAGAAAUAAAUUCAGAAGAAACGGCCAAAAAGAAAGACGAAUUAGAGUGUAGUAGAUGUAUGAACCCAGGCACAAGUACACAAGAAAUAAACUUAUGUGAAAUUUGUACUACUCAACAAAAUAUAAAUAAACAUAGAUUAUCUGCCCGAUUGAGCUUAGAAAAUCAAGCUAAGAAAAUGAAAGCCUUAUCUAAUUUAAAAUUUCCUCCAUGUUCUGUUGGAGAUACGGUGAGAGUCCAAAUACCAGAUGUCGAUAGAGGAAGAGGCGAGUUUCGGAACGUGCUUAUGGUAGUUAUAGAAAAAGCUGGUGAUCUGUAUAGGCUAGGAAACGAACGUGGUACUAUUGAGGAAAUGUUCUCAAGGAAUCAGUUUUCUGUGUGUCAUGAUAAACUGAUUGAUAUCGAAAAUAUAUCACCAGAAAAAAAAAGUUUACGAGAGCUUGCAAAUGAACAGUCGCUUUCAGGAGGCCAGGGUUAUAAAAGGUGUAAUUGCAAAACAAAAUGUGCCACAAAGAAGUGUUCAUGCAAAGCUGCAGGAAAAUUAUGCAACUCAAAAUGUCACAGCAGUUUAUCUUGCUCAAAUAAAUAA